GUCAAUCAAUAAAACUUGGGACCAAUCAGGUUACUCAGAUUUGGUCAUGUGAUUGUGACCACGCCCCCUUCCUUACUAGCGCUUGGGAGCUUACUCUUCUCGUACCGAGUACAUUGUUUUCUGUCGGAUUUACACGAUUUUCGGAUAUUAGAGCACCAGUAAGCUAGGCCCUGUUUUAAGCGGUUUGGCACAUUCCUUCAACACUUUCCGUAACUUGACCAAACUUUCCGACCAACACAAUGUCUGAUCUCGAAGCCAGAAGAGAGGCACGUCGUAAGGCAAGAGCCGAGAGAGAAGCGGCAGAGGCAGCGAGUGGGGGUGGAGAUGACGAAGCUAGUGAUAGGAUUGCACGACGUCGACGGGAGCGUGAGGAACGCCUUGCCAGAAUGGCUGCUGACAACACAGAAGAAGAUGACUUGGAGAAAAGACGUCGCGAGCGUCGUGAAGCAAGACUAAGAGCUGCAGGCGGUGAAGAGGAAGAAACCACAAGCAGACGUAGCCGCAGAGCUGACCCUGAGCCAGAAGCAGAAGCAGAAGCUCCAGUAGAGAGGUCAACAUUCAGGUCACGUAGACGACAACAGGAAGAAGAAGAAGAUAACACUGCCGCUGAAGAAGCCGCUAAGGCUGCAGCUGAAGAGGAAGAGAGACAACGGGAAGCUGAGGCUGAAGCUGAAGCAGAACGUCAAAGAGAGGCUGAACGUCAAAGAGCGGAGGAACAGCGUCGCAAGGAACAGGAAGAAGCUGAGGAAGAGGCUCGUAAACAACAGGAAGCCGAAGAAGCUGAGGCUGAGAGACGCAGACAGGAAGAAGAAGAGCAACGUAGGAGAGAAGAGGAAGAGGAGCGUGAAAGACAGAAGAAGAAGGAUGAGGCCAAACGUGCAGCUGAUGAGGAGGCUAAAAAGAAGAAACGCGCCCCUGGUACCAAGAGGAAAGGUCUCGGUGGACUUUCACCAGAGAAAAAGAAAUUACUCAAAAAACUAAUCAUGGAGCGUGCUCUAGAUGACCUCAAACAGGAGGAAGUUGAACGCGCCAAUGAAAAGAAACAAAUCUUAGAACAACGUAUGGGAAGGUUAGAUCUUGAGGGAAACACCCAGGCCCAACUGGAAGCCAAGGUGAAGGAACUGCAUGCAAAGUUAGUUGGACUCGAAGAAGAAAAAUAUGAUUGGGAAGUUAAGAUACGCAAGCAAGACUUUGAGAUUAAUGAACUUACCAUAAAAGUCAAUGAUAUAAAGGGUAAAUUCGUGAAACCUGUGUUGAAAAAAGUAUCAAAAACAGAAAGCAAAUUAGCUAAGUUUGAAAAGAAAAUGAAUGUGAAAAAAUCUGGUUUCCGUGAUGCACUAAAAUCAACGGGACAGAGCAAAUAUGCAGUUGAGGAAGAGGACAAGUCACACAAAGCCCCAGACUGGCGCAAUGAGCUCAAGGACAAAGAUGCAGGGGAUGAUGAUGCAAUUGAGGCUGAGAGUUGAGCAAAUUAGCUCCAUCUAUAGGUUGUUGCCAUGGCAGCAACAUUGUCACAUGACACAGUUCAACAACUUAAAUGCAUGACCAUAUUAGGAUACAGUGACCAUUUUUCAAAACCGUACAAUUUUGGAAAAUGCUCAUGUCUUCCAGUAAAUGGUAUUUAAUCAUUCUGUGUCAACUUAAAUAGAGGACCCACAAUUGUGGACUAAUCCUUUGAUGGUUAUGUGUUAGAAAAGGAUAAGGAGCGGCAAACAGAUGCAAUAUUAUUGUAUAGCCUUUGAUAUAAAACUUUUGAUAUGAAUCUACAGAUAUUUAAAAGCUGUGUAGCCGGAAAUAUACUCAUAAGGAAUUGAUCGUGAAAAGUUGUAAAAUGUUACUGCCCACACUUUCGGGAAAGAAAUGUUGUAAUUGAUGAAAUAUUAUUACAAUCAUGAGAUUUAAUUACAGACUUGAAAUUAACUUAUUAAAUGCUCCAGAGACUUUUUACAGUUGUCUUUCAAAAAAUGUCUACAUUAUUAUAGUAACCAAGAGAAAAACAUGAUGAAUGUAAAUUUUAGUAGAAAUGUAAAGGUAUAUCACAUUUAUGUAAGAAAUGUGUAUAAUACAUGUGGCUUAGCAGCAGUCUAAUAGUUAAUAUAGAUUACCAUAGUAACCAUGGUAUAUUGCCAUAGCUACACAUAUU